CGCUGUUGCCCUAGAGCUCGCCGUCGUCAUUGAGUAGGACGGAGAUGAGAGAGAGCGCGAGCGAGAGAACAGAGAGUCUUAUUGAAGACCUCCUUUUGAAGGUGUCAAGUGUACAACCUUUAGACUCUGCUUCUAAUGAAAAAUUUAAAUCUCUGAGACUUAAUAAGUAUGUUCCAUCGUGCAUUCAACCUCUGGAAGUCUUGAUUCAGGUUCUUGCUUUCAAUGGUAAGCCUGUGAAGAAUCUGAAGGGCUUGGCCACCAUGGUUGAGAACUGUGAUGAUGAGUUUCUAAAGUUUGAUCUAGAAUACCAACAGGAUGUGACAGCAACUAAAAGAAAUGAAUUUGAGGAUUAUUUUUUCAACUAUAUUGAUAUGUUAGCUGGGUUUAUGAUCUUUAUGUACUUCUUUGAAACUUACUUGGAUAUACGACAACUUAAGGCACUCAAACUUCCUACUCUUGCAAAGAAUUUAGAAGCCGUUGGUGGCAUAGCUGGUGCUCUUGGUGAUUCUGUCACUGUCUCCCAUGAGAGGAACAAGAUCACUGUCACCUCUGACAGUAAUUUCUCCAAGCGAUUUACACCAAACAAUAAUGGCUACACACAGGAUAUCAACUACAAGACACACGGGAAAUUGCGGCGCUUGUUGGGGAUUUACGGCAGUUUUUAA